UAGCUUAAAUAAUUCCUUAUUAAAGAAUUAAAUUAUGAUAUCUUAGAAUGACAUGAAAGAAAAUGUACAAUAAUUGUAAUUUUAAAUUUGAUUUUUGUCAUAACUACUCUAAAUUUGUUUGUAAACUUUAAUAAUUUAAUAACUUAUCAUUGAAGUUAUAUCAAUCAAAAACUGUGAAGAAUUUGAAUAUGCAGUCUUUAACUACUAUUCUAAGAUUUGUAUUUCCUAAGAUUAACAUUCAACCUGUCAGACAUCGUUAUUGGAAAGAUCAACAAGGAACUCGACCUAUAAUUCGUAGAUAUGGUUAUAAAGAUGAAAUGUUAUUACAGUCUGGUUUACUUCCAAGAUCAGCAGAUGAAAAAAAACUACCAAUGCCGAUUUAUAGACCUAAAGAUGUAUGGAGUGAAAAAAGGGCAUUGUUUGGACAGAAUGAUUAUAUUGACAUUUUAGGAGAUGGUUCUGUACACCCUGUUCGAGUACUUUAUAAUGUUCCAUCAUGGUUACGUGGUGUAAAAGGCAAUGAAUUUCAAAUUUUGUUAAGAAAAAGAAAAAUGUUAAGGUAUGGAGCUUUACCAAUUGCUAGACCAACAAAAUGGACUGAUAUGCAAAAAAGAAUAAAAUAUUUAUAUAACUUUCUUAAUAAGAAAACUAGAACUGGCAUGGAAAAAUAAUUGUUAUAUUUUUUUUUUUUAGAAAUUUUUUAAUAUUGUAAAUAGAAAUUAAAUUACAAAUAAACGACAUAUAAUUUA